UGUGUGCGUACGUUUGGGUCUGCUGUUUGUGUGUGUGUGUGUAUCGCUGCUCUGCUGUUACCGAGUAGUGUGUGCUUUGGUGCCGGGGCCUAGGAGUGAAAAAUAAUGAGUCGCCAUGAAGGAGUCAGCUGUGAUUCGUGCUUGAAAAGUAACUUCCGCGGUAGACGGUACAAGUGUCUGAUCUGCUAUGAUUACGAUCUGUGCGCGACCUGCUAUGAGGAGGGCGCCACCACAACCCGCCACUCGACCGACCACCCGAUGCAGUGCAUACUAACGCAGUCCGACUUUGAGCUGUACUAUGGCGGCGAAGUGUUGCCAGCCGAUCAGCCACAGUCCUUCACCUGCCCGUACUGCAAGCGGAUGGGGUUGAGCGAUGCCGCACUGCUGGAACACGUCAGUGCGGAACACACCGAUACGGGGCUGGAGGUGGUGUGUCCGGUCUGCGCCGCACUGCCCGGUGGCGAGCCAAACUUUGUGACGGAUGACUUUGCGCGGCAUCUUAGCCUGGAGCAUCGGAGCGUUUCACGGGAUCUCAUCUCGUUUCUGGAUGAGCCAUCAGCGAUCCGACAUGGAGGAGUUCGAAGAAUGCCACACUCGGGCCGUGCCCUUGGCGGACCACGAUCGCGCCGUUCCAACAUGCACUUCAGCUCGUCCGGCGGAGGCCUGUCCACACUGUCCCCCUCGGGCAGAGAGUCGGUAGACCCGAUCGCGGAACUGCUGCAGCAGCUGUCGAACGUACGCCGUGGUGGAGCACCGCAGCCAUCCCAGCUGCAGCAACUACAGAUGCAAAUUCAGCUCGAGCGACAGCAAGUCACCGCCGCUCGUCAACAGUUGGAACGACUACCAAGACGACAGCAGCAGCCGGCCGUCGUGUCCUCCGCCCCGAACGCAACCGGUGUCAACAACAACGCGAUCGGUGCGACACAAGCCAAUCCGAACCAUACAAUCAUCACACUGAAUGCUGGCGGUGGGCGCGAUGGACCGAUCGCCACUUCCUCCUCGCUGCCAAUGGUGUCCACCGGCGUUGGGGUCUGCAAUGUACCGGGUGCCAUUGGAAGUGCAUCCGGCGCCGGUUCUAACGCGCAGCAGUCGCAGUUUUUGAUGGCCCGCUUCAUGGUACCGACCAUGGACGAUGCCGAACAAACGCAGCUGGCGCGCGAUCGAGCGGACAGAUCACAGUUUGUUCAAGCUUUAAUGUUAUCAACCAUCGCGAACGUGCAACCGUUCAAUAAAGCCGCCGACGAGGAGCUGUCCGAUGAGUUGAGCUCAAUGAAUUUAGGCAGCAGUACCGUUAACAGUAGUGUAAAAAGGCCAACGACGGAUGAUGACGGUGGCGAAACGAUGAUUGGCGGUGAGGAUGGUGCUACUACGGACAGUAACUACGGCAAGGAGGAUGGAAAUUGUGAUAGUUUCAAGCACGGUGCCGAUGCUUCCGCCAACGGAGGAUCGAACGAGGAUGCGCCGAACGUGCUGAUGCAUCCGCUGGGACAUCGUGGUGGACAUGCUGGUUCGGGUAAAGCCAAAGGAGGCAGCUCGGCUAAGUCGGGCGGUACAGGUGGUGGUGGUGGCGGUCCAGUCGAGCGCAGAGCGUCCCGCCAAACGCCACCGUCCGGUGGUGGUGGUUUGGGCAAUAAUGCGGCCAAAGCCCGCGAACUGAAGCAAGCAAACUCUUCGUCGAACACUUCCACAUCGGUGUCCUCGAGACAGCAGCAGCAGCAACAACAGCAACAACACCACGUGCCCGAUUCUAGGUAGUGUUGUUUGGUAGGAGAAAUCGCAUAAGUUAUUUAGCAAACAGGAGCAGCAGGAACAGCAUAAAAAGCAGCAGCAGCAGCAGCA